CUGUACUGCACCCAACGCUGCCCGUUGGGUUUCUAUGGGAGGGACUGCUCUGAGGCCUGCCGCUGUAGGAAUGGAGCAGACUGUGACCACAUCUCUGGGCAGUGCACGUGCCGCACCGGCUUCAUGGGCCAUCACUGUGAACAAAAGUGUCCUCAUGGUUCCUAUGGAUACGGCUGCCGGCAAGCCUGCGACUGCCUGAACAACUCCACCUGUGAUCACAUGACGGGAACCUGCUACUGCAACCCUGGAUGGAAGGGAGUCCGGUGUGACCAAGCUGGCGUGGUGGUGGGGAGUCUCAACAGUUUGACCAGCGCCUCCAUGCACGUGGACACCUACCAGAUCGGAGCCAUAGCCGGGAUCGUGGUGCUGGUGCUGCUGGUGCUCCUGCUGCUGCUCCUCUUCCUCGUCUACAGGAAGAAGCAGAAAUGCAAAGAGUCGGCCAUGCCGGCUGUGAGCUACACUCCGGCUGUGAGGGUCACGGCCGACUACGCCAUGGCAGAUGCUCACAGUCCAGCGCGAGAGGCCCAGCCCAGCAACUACUUCUCCAACCCCAGUUACCACACCCUCACCCAGUGCAUCGGCCCCCCCCACCUCAACACCGUGCCCUAUGGGAAGACCAAGUACAACCAGCUCUUUGAGAAUCUGAAGAAUGUGGACCAAAGAGCCCAGCCCCUGGUCAGUGUUCCGGCCGGCACCCUGCCGGCAGACUGGAAACAAGGCGACUGCUUCAGUGAGCUGGGAGCCUACGGGGCUGACGGCGGCUACGGGGGGGCGUCUGUUCGAGACCUGGGGAAGGGGGGGGCCUACCACGGCAGCUCCUGCUCCCUCAGCAGCUCCGAGAACCCCUACGCCACCAUUAAGGACCCCCCCCCAGCUCACCGCCAGGAACAUCGAGUGUGGCUACGUGGAAAUGAAGUCCCCCGCCAGGAGGGAGUCCGCCUACGCCGAGAUCAGCAACAGCAGCCCCCCCCCCCAGCCGCAACCUCUACGAAGUCGAGCCCUCUCCACAUCCCCAGUCACUACGACAUCCUGCCGGCCAGAGAGAGCCCGUCCUCUGAGCUGCUGGAGCUGGACAGUGAGCGGACAGAGGCUCAGGACUGA